UUGGGCUAAGCGUCCUUUUAAAAAAGAAAUCAAACAUCAGUAAUUGGCAUUUGCGAAGGACUUCAUCAUGGUGGUCAGCUGGGUCCACACCAGGAUAAGGCUACUGUUAGCCUGCUUUCUCUUGCAUUCUGUUUUUGGACAAAAGAGAGGACUAUAUUUCAUGGUGACAUUUCCUGCAGUAAUAGAGGCUGGUUCUGAUGCCAAAUUCUGUGUAAGUCUUAUGAAGCCUAAUGAGACUCUGCAAAUGAACAUUUAUCUGGUUCACAACAAACAGGACAGGACUCUUUUUCACGAGACCGUGGAAAAGGAAUUUCAUCACUGCUCUCAUUUUGUGGCUCCAAAUGUUGAAGGUGAAUCGGUGCAGGAGAUUAAAGUAGAAGUCAAAGGAGAACGUUUUAUGAUGACAGACAAAAGGAAAGUGAUGUUUAAAUCUUAUGACACACUGGUAUUUAUUCAGACGGAUAAACCCAUUUACAAUCCACGACAAACCGGUAAGUAUCUGUAUUACUUAAUGUCACAUAAACUGUUUAAUAAAGGUUUAUAGAUAUAGGUUUAUUUGUUGCUGAUGCUGCAGCUCAAAACAUUGCAUUUCUCUAACAUUUCUCUUCAACAGUGAAUUUCAGAAUUGUCACAAUGGAUUCUAAUUUUAUUCCCCUUGAACAAAAGAUAGGAGAAAAUGUCUUUAAGUUUUUCUAUGCACAGAUCGAUUUUAGCACCUUUUGUCUAAUAUCUUGUUUCACAGUAAUUUUCUAAUAAAUUAAUCUAGAGUGUUAAUGUACAUGAUAAUAUUAGAAAUAGUCUUAGCAGGUUCUUAAUCUGAACUGUGUACUGUCAUAUUCUCCUUUACAGUAUAGCUCAGUAAUUCUGGAGGUAAGUAAAUGAAACUAUCCGUAUGUUUGAAACUGUUGUUGACUUUUAAUAUUUGUACAGAUCGGUGGGUGACUUUAUUUUCUCUCCUAAAUAUACAGGAUAGUAAAAGUAACAGGAUUAGUCAGUGGAUGAAUGUGUCCUCAACAGGUCUGAUACUGCAGCUUUCUCAUGAGCUAAAUGAGAGUGGGGCUGAAGAUGGCAACAAACUUGGAGAUUAGAGCUCCUCUGUGUUUGGUGUACAAAGGAAUAAAAUAUCAUCACACGCUACGUCAGCAGCCUCGGGGGAAAGCUGGUCAACCAGGUAACCGAGACAUUGCAACAGAUCGCAAAUUCUUCCCAGAAACAUGGCUAUGGCAGUUGUCUGAAGUGGGGGACUCUGGAUCAGUACAGCUUCCUGUCACUGUUCCUGAUACAUCACCACCUGGGAGACCGAGGCUUUCUGCGUGUCCUCUAAAGGUCUUGGUCUCGCUCCUCCAGUUCAGCUCAGUGUUUCAGCCCUUCUUCCUGGAGCUCUCGUUGCCUUACUCCAUUAUACGUGGAGAGGUUUUUGAGCUCAAGGCCACUGUCUUCAAUUAUCUUUCCAAAUGCAUUAUGGUUAAAGUGACUCCGGUCCCUUCCUCAGACUACACUCUGGAACCAUCUACUGAUGGCCACUAUUCAUCAAAUGGAAGAAAGACCUUCAAAUGGACUUUAGUGUCAUCUGUGCUUGGAGUCAUGAAUGUGACCGUGAGUGCAGAAGCAGAACAAUCCCAGACUGUGUGUGAUAAUGAGAUUCGAGAGUGUUCCGGAGAGAGGCCGUAUUGACACAGUUACACGAAGCCUCAUUGUACAGGUUGGUGUUUUGAAAAUAAGCAUUAACUUAAAUUUGUAAACCUGUUUUUUGUUUUGUUACUGUGAUCUAAUAUUAUUUUUCUGCUAGGCUGAAGGAACACAAAGAGCCACAACUGGUUAUUAUGUCCACAGAAUUGUUUAAAUAUAUUAAUUUUUAAUAUAUCUUUUUUAUAAAUAUUUUAUUUAUCAAGUCUGCUUGGUUUAAAACUGAUGCACAUAAUAUGUUUAACUGUUCAGUAAUAAUGGAGCAACUUUUCAUCUCUCUAACAGGCAACAGUAUCCAUACCUGCCAACCUUGGAACAUUUUUUUAAGUAGCAACUUACUGCAGCGACGCGGCACGAGGUCAGACACAUUUGCAGACCUGCCAACCUUGGAAAAAAUUUUUUAGUAGCAACUUACUGCAGCGACGGGGCGCGAGGUCAGGCACAUUUGCUGGUCAAUGUUGAUUCACAAGCUCACUCAUCACAACUUUUUACUAUAUUUUUCCUAUAUAAAUACUGGCAAAUAAAGUAAAACUUGAUCUGUGCGUAAAACUUAAACUUGAGGCACAACACGGUCAAGAACUUCUGAGGGGCAUAUACUCGCUUCUUUUUAGAUUUGCUUCCCUCUCCCUCUCUGUCAGUAUCCUCAUCUGACAUCAUGUGUAUUACUAACUGCAAGGCACACACAAAACACACACAUCAUCAUUCUCAUGUUUUUCAUAAUAGGUUUCCACGCACAUUUGCGUGAAAACACUUUGUACAUUUAUUUGUUACAAUAUGUUUUAAGGCACAAAUGGCAUGUAAGAAGAUUUGCAUUUUACAGUACUGAUGUACAAAAUGUACAAUAACAAUACUUGAAAUAAUUUAGCUGCUACUAAAAUAAAGAGUAUAACGUUUCUGUGCAUGAUCGUUUGUGUAUAUCUGCAUACUAUUUUAACAACUCUUUAGGUAUUGCCAUAAAUUAGAUGUAAUGAACUAAACAGUAACUUCAUAUCUGACAACACAUACAUGUGUUAAUUUUCUCAGCAAUAAUGCAAGACUCUAGACUUCACUA